ACAUUGCAAGGAUUCGGACACAAUAAUGCAAACAUUCAGACAAGUUCACUGGAAGUUAAAAACAUUCCAGCCAAAACUUAUUUUGGAGUAGUUAUUCGCUGGAACUUUAAUUAAAAAACCCACAUAAAACGCAGAAUUAAGGAAAAAAAUUAGCUAGUGAUGAAGAGUUUUGUAUAGUAUUGUGGAGAGUUUAUAUAGAAAUAUAGGAGGAAAGAGCGCUAUAGAAGACUAAGGAGUUACUUAUAGUUUUAACUAAAUUGCUGGCAUGGAAUUAAACCUGACACGCAUAGAUUAUAUGCAAGUUGGACUGACCUCUUCGCGAUGUUUACGUGUUAUUCCUAACAGCGCACCAAAAACACAGCAGAAGGUGGUAGUGGGAGAUCAUGAUGGCGUGAUCCAGCUCUUCACUAUGAAACGAGGAGAAGUCCAGUUUGGUUUUAGGGCACAGACUGAAAAAAGCAUAACCCGUUUGGAGUUGGGAGGAGCUAUUGGAACAAUAAGAGAUAAAAUAUUUUUAUCAUCUGGCAAUGAAGUGAGAGGCUAUACAAAGAAAGGGAAGCAGUUCUUGGGUUUUGACACAAACCUAACAGAAGAAAUCAAAUCCAUGCACAUCAGUGGUAGUGAUUUACUUGUGUGUGGAGACUAUGUUUACAACCAUUAUCAUGACUGCCAAGAUUCCAAUUUUUACUUAGCUGCUGAUAAAAUUAAUGAUGUCAUCACACUGCCAGUGGAAAGAAAUUUUUUCAGGGGCUCUGCCAUGCAUUGUUGGGUUUGUGAGAGCGGCACUACAGUGAGUAGUAACAGUACCUCACAGCAUGGUGGUGUGACGUGUAUGGAUCACCAUGACAUGACUGGGGACGGGGUACGGGAUCUUAUUGUUGGAAGAGAUGAUGGAUCUAUUGAAGUGUUUUCUUAUGAAGAUGGAGAUGAAUCAGAACCAACUUUAAGGUUCUCCAUGGCAUGCAGUGAGAGUGUCACAUCUGUACAAGGUGCCAUUGUGGGAAAUGCCGGUUAUGAUGAAAUUGUUGCAUCAACAUAUACUGGGUGGAUAUUUGGUGUAACAUCGGAGCCCAUGGACCGCAACAUGACCUCCGAGUCGGGGGUUGUUCUUAUUUCACAAGACUCGAAACACAAGAUACAGAGACUGAGAGCUGAAAUUGAUGAGCUGCAGCAGCGAGUGUUGAGGGAGAGAGACCAGUACCAAGCUGCCACUCAGAGUGCCUUCCCUGGCAUCUCUGCUGUGCCUUUUUUCUCCGUCAAUGAUAAGCUGACCCUUAAUCGCACCGAUGCCUCGUACCUCUUGAGUCUAGAGGUUCAGACAGCUAUUGACAAUGUGUUGCUGCAAAGUGAUGUCCCUGUUGAUCUGCUGGAUGUUGAGAAAAAUUCUGCUGUUGUUAGUUACAGCACCUGUGACUCUGAGACCGGAAAUUUCCUUCUAGCAACCUACCGGUGCCAGGCCAACACCACACGAUUGGAAGUUCGCAUUAGAACAAUUGAGGGGCAAUAUGGUACUCUUCAAGCAUACAUCACUCCAAGACUCCAACCUAAAUGUUGCCAAGUUCGACAGUACCGUAUCAAGCCUCUGUCUCUCCACUCCAGAAUCCAUAAUUUUGACCCAAAUCGUCCGUACAACACCUUAACUCUCAAGGGCCAGUUUACUCUCCCAGAAAUUCAUGCAUGGGUGGUGUUCUGUUUACCAGAGUUGCCAGAGCGGACACCAGCUGGGGAUCAGGCGGAAUUCACCUUUGUUUCAACAUUCCUUGAUACUCAGUUACAGUGUGUAUAUGAAUCUGGUGAAGCAGUGUUCAAAUCAGACAACAUUUCCACUAUCUCUAUUCUCAAGGAUGUCCUCACAAAAGAAGCAACACGAAAGAAGGUACGGCUUGACAUAUCCUGUGAAGUUAAUGAGGAAAGUGUUGUUCAUGCCCUUCAGCUUCUUCAUCCACGUUUAGAGGCUCAGCUAUUGUUAGCUAAACAGGUCUCGCUUAUUGAGGCUCUCCGUGAAUUAGGUUCACAUGAAUCUGACACAAGUUUCUUGUCAGUUGAGUAUCAACAUAUUAUAGACAAUGCUGAUGAUCUUCAAGCACAGUACCGUAAACAACCUUGUCAUUUGGAACGCUUGUAUGGUAUGAUCACUGACCUUUUCAUUGACAAGUACAAGUUCAAAGGUGUUAAUGUGAAGAGUCGUGUACCACAGCUGCUGGAAAUACUGGACAACUAUGGAAGUCUCAGUAUUCAGCAUCUUGUUAACUUUUUCCAGGCUCAGUAGGAUUUUGAAAACCUGGAGAUUUAAUUCUCCCUAAUAAGCUACCCUGAGCAUAACACUUAAUUGCAUAGGUGCUUUGUUCUUUAAUAAUUAUUUAAUACAAGUAUUCUAGUCAUGCAGUAGUCUACAAGAUGCUUUACACUAUGGUACUUAGUGUUCAUUAUUGUUUCAUUUAUAUUAUUUUUAUGGGAAAGUGCUAAACUCUUAAGAAUCAUACAGCACCUAUAAAACAGGAGGCAAUCAGGUUUGACCCAAGGAAGAGGAAGGUGGCUUUAAUUCCUUGGCUCAAGAGCCCUUUACUAGAAUCAAGGCACAUUCCUUAAAGGGUUUUAUUUAUGUAAUCUUAAGUGAAUUAAUAAAACAGCAUUACAGAUUUAUGUAUAAGCUAAAGACAUUUAAGCUCAUUAAUUGGAUUUUAACAAAAUUUAAUGUACUACUGUAUGUUUAUUAUACAUCAUAAUUUACUUGGUUUAUGUAUCAUAAAUUUUAUGCAGUGGAUUUUAUCUACCUAUAUUAUCAUCUGCAUUUUAUCUAGAAAUAUUUAGAUACCUUGUGCAAAAUGUUAUUUGUUCUGUAUUAUUAUUAUUAUAAUCAAGGGGAAGCACUAAACCCGGAGGAUUAUACAGCGCCUGGGGGGGGGGGGAAGGCAUUCAGGCUUAAUUCGGGGAACUGGAGCACAGAUCCAAUUCCCUAAAUCAAGAGCCCCUCACCAACAUCAAGGAACCUUCCUUGAGGGGUAUUGUUCUGUAGAAUAAACACUUUAGCAGAUAUAGUGUACUCCAUAUUAUGGUGCCUAGUUUUAGGCACAGGCUUGGCAGAGUUAGCAGUUGGCAGCUUGUAGCAAUCAACUACGUUAUUAAAGUCAGUUCUUUAGAUUAAGUAAGGAGUGAGUAACAUGGGCUAGUAGUCCUACUAGUGCUCUUAUCUCUUACCUUUUACAGUGUUAAUCAAACUAUUUUCAUAAUAAAAUAGUUUACCAGGCCUAGUCCCCUCAAGAGUGUUACCUUCAUGGAAUUAAAUCCAUCCUCUCAUGAAUUAAGUCUUCCUCCCAUUUCCAAGGCAUUAUGUGACCCCUACUGAUUUAGCACUCCAAUGAAUGGAUUAUUAUUAGUCAAGGAGAGUGCUAAACCUGUAUGGGUCAUACAGCACCUGCAAAAUAUAAGGUAUUCAGACUUGAUUCAAAGAAUAGGUUCAAUUCCUUAGAUCAAAAACCCUUUACCAGAAUCAAAGGAACCCCGUGAAAAAAGUAAAUUGUCUUGUACAAUGCGAGAUGUAAUUAAAGAACAAUUAACUUUAAAAGUCAAAAGUCAGUCACUGGACAUGUGAUUCUUUCAAGUUCCUCCAAAGAUGUGUUUAAACUUAAUAAACACCAAAGUUGUUUUCAUCUUUCAACUUUUCUUGUUUGUAUUUUUUUUUAUUAAUACAUUGGCCGUUUCCUCCCGAGGCAGGGUGACCCCAAAAAAGAAAAAAUUUCGUCACUCACUCCAUCACUGUCUUGCCAGAGGCAUGCUGACACUAUAUAGUUAACAAAAAUCACAACAUCAAACCCCUCUUUCAGAGCACAGGCACUGUACCUCCCACCUCCAGAACUCAAGUUUGGUUAACUGGUUUCCCACUACAAAUGUUACUUUGCUCACACUUCAACAGGACGUCAAGUAAUAAAAACUACUUGCUUCCACUCUCUCUUUCUCUCCUAACACGCUCAUGCAUGCCUGCUGAAACUCAAAGCUCCUUGCACACAAAACCUCCUUUACCCCUUCCCUCGGCUACAGCUUUAUAUGUCCUCCAAGUCAUUAUAUUUUGAUCCAUCUUCUCUGAAUGUCUGAACCACCUCAACAACCCCUCCUCAACCCUCUAGAUAAUACUUUUAGAAACCCUGCAUUUCCUUCUAAUCUCCAAGCUAUGGAUUCUCUGCAUAAUCACACCACAUCUCCACUGCUUCCAGCCUUCUCAUUGUUACAACAUUCACCAUCCAUGCUUCACACCCAUAUAAGAGCGUUGGUACCACUAUACUCAUACAUUCUCCUCUGCUUCCAUGGAUAACAUUCUUUGUAUUAUUAUAUUCAUGGGAAUGUGAGGGGUCAAGCAAUGCCUUGGGAAUGGGAGAAUCAGGUUUAAUCUGAGGAGGGGGAGGGUAGCUCCAAUUUCUUGGAGCAGGAGCCCUUUGGUAUCAAAGUACCCCUCAUGAAGAGUUCAUAUUCAUAGUCGUACAUUUUACGUGUACAUGUAUUGAUUUAUUUCCAAGAUGAACAAUAAUAAAUUUUCACCCAUGA